CCGACCUUCGUCCCCUGGGGCUUCCGUUGGUUCUUUUCCAGGGCCCGUUGCCUUUAUCCCUUUUUCUCCUUGCUCCCUCCCUCUUCGGCCCUCAUCGACUAUGACAUUACUAGCAGCGGGUGUGAUAGCUCAGCAAGAGAUCGACGAGAAGCCUGUCCAGCGGCAAAGGUCAAAGACGUCGACGUCCGAUUCGUUGGAGAAGGGUAAAGCAGGCUCAGUUCACGACCCCGAGGUUGUGACGCAGGAGGCUAUUGAUCCCAAUGGGAAGGACGAAGACAAACGGUCGUUCUACUCCCGAUUCCGCCCUUAUAUUCUGGCAGGAGUUGCGGCUGUCAUACUCGGGUGGUGGAUCACUGCGACUGUUUUGACCGCAACCAGGCAUCGAUGGAUUGUGCAAACUCUAUUCGCUUGGGGUUUCAUUCUCAUCAUCGCAUUCCGCUUCAUCCCUAAUCGCAUCGUUACCCGGCCAGUAGAGAGUGUUUGGAACCCUGUUAUCCAGGACCCUUGGUACAGACUUCCCUAUUGGCUGAGACUAUCCGUCGGGUGGCUCUGCCUUCUUGCCAUCGUUUUCGGCACGGCAUUUGGCUUUAGGCUUGAAGAGGGCUCGACCUAUGGCGACCGCGCUAUCAACGUCCUCGGCCUCUUCGUCUUCCAACUGGCAUUCUGGAUUUCGUCCAAACACCGUUCGCAUGUCCCAUGGCCUACCGUAAUUGUGGGCUUGUUCUUGCAACAAGUUAUCGCGCUCUUCGUUCUGAAGACUGGCGCUGGUUUCUCUAUCUUCCGAUGGAUAGCUCAGCUCGCAGAAGACUUCCUUGGUCAAGCCUUGAUUGGUGCCAGGUUCUUCUUCACUGAUUUUCCCGUGGACAAUAAUUGGUUCUUCGUCAACGUCCUAUCCACCAUCAUCUUCUUCAUUGCAUUUGUGCAAAUGAUGUACUACCUUGGUGUCAUGCAAUGGGUGAUCAGCAAGUUCGCUUGGUUCUUCUACAAGAUCAUGGGUGUCUCCGGUGCUGAAGCUGUCGUUGCUUCUGCUUCUCCUUGGGUCGGACAGGGUGAAUCAGCCUGUCUGGUAAAGCCCUAUGUUGAUUUGAUGACUGAAUCUGAGCUCCAUUUGUGCAUGACCUCCGGAUUCUCGACUAUCGCUGGCUCUGUCUUUGGUGCAUACGUGUUGCUCGGUGUACCCGCUGAGAACCUUGUCACAUCUUCAGUGAUGAGUAUCCCCGCUUCGAUGGCGAUCAGCAAGAUGCGGGUCCCAGAAUUGGACGAGCCCAUCACUCGUGGACGUGUUACUGUCGAUCUUGGUGAUAAUGAUAAGGAGAAGCCGGCCAAUGCUCUCCAUGCUUUCAGCAAAGGUGCUAUCUUUGGUCUUGUCGUCGCCGGAUAUAUUUUUACGAACGUCCUGACUGUUAUUUCACUUGUUGCAAUGAUCAACGGUCUCUUGACCUGGAUCGGUCGUGGCUUCGGAAUCGCCAACCUCACGCUUCAACUCGUCCUCAGCUACCUCUUUUACCCCGUUACUUUCCUCAUCGGCGUCCCUCGAAGCGAAAUCCUGCAAGUGUCCCGCCUCUUGGCCACUAAGCUCGUCGCCAACGAAUUCGCCGCCUACCUUGAGCUUCAAGAGCUCAUGAAGAGCGAGAACCCACUUUCUCUACGCGCAUUCACGAUCGCCUCAUAUGCCCUCUGUGGAUUUGCCAACUUGGGAUCGCUCGGUAUCCAGAUUGGUGUUCUUGGAGCACUUGCACCUUCGAAACAGAAAACUAUCGCGACCAUUGCUGCUUCAGCUAUGAUCUGCGGAUUUUUGGCAACCUUGCAAACUGCUGGUAUUGUGGGAAUGCUUGUGUAAUUCAUAGUGUUGCUAUUCUUCACAUCGUCUGUUGCUUGUACAUAUGUAAAAUACCGUUAUACCCCCUUCUUUGGGUUGUUCUGCUUAAUGCUAGUGUUCGAUUGGGUCUGGUGU